CAAAUGAGACGAAUUUCUCGUGUCAGCUGCUUCAAAGUGCACACUCUUUUUCCUCGAAGCUUGUGCUUGAGAUACGCCUCACAAUACGGCUCACAAAAAAACUAGGACGAUAUUUGAAGAAUUGAAGACGAUAUUACGAAAAGUUGGAAAAUUGACGAGAAAGAAGCUUGACGAAAAAAAUUUUUCUCACACGAAAUAAGUAGACCCGUUAGAUGCUUCCAAAAAAGUUCCAUUAUAGUUUGUGUUUCAACAACACAAUAAUAGAUCUAAUUUUAUCCUUUAAUAUACUCAAAUAUACAGUUAAUGACAAAUUGUUCUUAGUUGAUUGAGAAACUUGGAAGCAGUUAUGCAUAUCUCGCAAGAGAUGCGACAUUGACUUAACAAAACAAGCCGCAAUUUAUCGCGUUCCGCUGAAUAAGCGAAUAAUAGCAAAUUGCUACUGUUACUGCAAAUCUGAUUUGUCGCACAAACGAGCACAAAGCUCGUCUGUGUAAUCAAUUCUGCAUAAGAAAUUCUUCUGUAUAAGAAAAUGUAUUAACACACAAUCAAUCCGAACCAAAUAAAUUAAUAUUAAUAUCAUUGUAUAUAAAUAGUGACUCGCGUUAAUAAACCUAGAACCCAAUGUGUACUCCAAUCCUUAUCAUAAAUGACUUCAUAAUAAACGGAAAGAAAUAAGACAAUAGCAGUAACAGUAAUAACAAUAAGAUAAGGUGUAAGUAAGAUUAUGCGAUGAUAAUAAGCUAAAGAUAAAAAUUAUACAUUCUUACUAAUAAUCCGUGAAAUGUUUUCGUAAUCAAUGGAGAUUUGUCACCGUAUCACGUGUGUGUGAUAUAUAUGUAAUUUGAGCUUAUUCCUAUUUGAAUUGCCUUCUCAUGUCGUGUCUUUUAAAGCAUUCCAACCGGAAUUACUCACUUAUUACUCAUACAUUCGGUACUACUCGUACAUUGUGCAAGUGAUGAAUUGCACAUACAGAAGCUGUGUCGGUGUGAGAAAGCCUUUACAAACGAUACCUUCGUCUUUUCAACGGUUUCUUAUAAUACUUUCACCAUCGUACUAUCCUCGCAGUAAACGCUAAUCCACGCGUAUGAAUGUAUCGAUGAAACUUCUCGGCCUCAUGAUGAAACGCAUAAUAAUAGCCGCCAUUUUGAUUAACGUCUGUCUGGCAGACGUAUCGCAUAUUUUACCAGGAUACACAACAACCACUGUACCACCACCUCCGAGACCUUACAAUUUUCAAUACAAGGCAGGACGAUACCCAGGACACAUCGAUCGCGUUCACGAGGAAGCCGGAGAUGGGUCUGGAAUUAUUCACGGAUCAUAUUCGUACGUCGAUCCGAAGCACAAGGUGCGCACAGUGGAGUACACGGCCGACAAAACCGGAUUUCAUCCUGCCUUGAUUAAUUUCGAGGACACUCUUGCUCAACCUGCCGAUUCCGAAGCCGUAAGACUGGCCAAGGAGAAACAUUUUCGUCUCUAUCAGAGAAUCGCCGAGGCAAACGCUCAUAACAUUCCAGUAAAUCUGCCACGGGAUUCAGCGAGCGUGGCAAACGCGAAGGACAAGCAUUAUCAGCUGUACCAUAGAAUCGCGGAACAACACGCGGCGAUCGCCGCGCAGAGGAAGGCCGAACGGUCGGCUUACGAAGCGACUUCCGUCGCCAACGACGUAGAUGACCAUCGGUCGUGCUAAUAUGACUUUUUUAUGACGUAACAAAAAAAAAACUGGACAUUGUCCGGGCGAUCUCGCGAGAUACUCUACUACGCCGCGAUUCGUUCGCCAAGUUCGUAUAUAAAAAUAAGCAAUAUAAAAACAAAAAUGUUUGACUAUAAAUAUAAAUUUGCGCGUUGCUCCAUGUCGCUUCUUGUUAUUUUCUAAUCCGUUAAUCCGCAUGCAAAUGGAUGCAAUCAAAUUUUUCCUUGCGCAGUUUGCGCAAGUAUUAAAGCACGAUGAUAUCGAUGGACAGUAUUUCAUGUGGAAAGCCCAAUAAGCUAAAGAAAUAUAACGAUAUAAGUUAUAUAAGUAAGCUAAGCAUAAGCUCUCUCAAUUGUGCAAAUCGGAAUGUAUCUUCUUCGUCUAUUCGUCUAACUUGUAGCAAAUUUUUAACUCUUCCCUUCUAGAUAUGUAUUAGUAUGCUUUCCCGCAAAUAAAAAUAAAUGUGCAAGUCGUAAUUUGUAAAUUUCCAGUGUUCUAAAGUAGCACAGGCGUUAUGUAACUAUUACUCAUCGCAUUCGCGGUAUCUCACUGACAAAUUCGACAAAGAACAGAAGGAAAUCAUUGCGUGUGUUUGAUUUCAGUUUUUGUUUUGCUCUUCCUUUUUUCCUUUUUUUCACAUCACGAUAUUACGUUUACGCGAUUAUCAUGUUCGAGUAGUGGUGCUAACAACGUUAAAACUCGUCUCUCUUUUAAGUGCCGGAAACGUCGGCGCGCAAAUAAUUUUCGAUGAAAGAUAUUACACACAGUACAAUUGCACCGUAGUGAUAUAAAAACAACCAUGGUACUGAGCUCGAUAUUAGUUCGAGCAAGUAUUUCGACGAAAAAUGAAGAUCUUCAAUCCUAUAUAUCCGCUGUAUCUGUUUCUGCUGUACAUUGCGACGACAAUGUCCAUGAGCAUCGGAAGUCCCGUCGCUGCAAUCGGCGGAUAUCGUUCUAUAGCUUGUAGAAAUCGGAGCACUAGUGGAUAAACAAAGACAAAGAGAAAAUACGAAGACACAAUGUCAGAAACACGGACCUGAGAAUUAUAGAUGACCUGGAUAAAAAAUUUUAAACGUUUUUUCUUCUAUCUUCAUAUCACACUGCAAUUAUGUAAUGUAUUAUUUAAGAGACAAUACAUAACAUUAUAAAUUUC